UUGGCGCGAAGAGCGAAGCCGCGCGGGCGUUUCCCGCGUAAUUUUGACAUAAUUUUUUUUUAACAAACGUCAAGAGUGUUUAACUUUUUUAAUUAUUGUGUUUGAGGAUUACAAUCAGCCAGUAACAUUGUGCGCAAAGUCAAUAUUUGAAAAUGCGCCUGUUUAUUUUGGUGCUGGUAUUGGCUGUCGGGUUGAGUAGCGCGCGAUGGAUGCGUCGCUCGAGGUCCAGCCAACCAAAAGAGACAAGCUUCGUGGGACAAGCCACUAAUGCUCUGUCUACCGCUAUCUUUCAGGGUUACAUCGAUGAUCACAAGAAUAUAGCAUUUUCACCCCUUGGAUACUCAGCCAUUCUGGCUAUAUUAGCUGAAGGUGCUAAGGGUGAGACUAGACAACAGCUAGUUUCAGCGCUACAUCUCCCGGAAGACCAGAAUCUCACAAGAAAAACUUACCGUCACAUUAUGGAAAGACUAAAGAAUACCAACGAAUAUAAAUAUAACGCACCAGAAUUGAAAAACUUCUUCUAUAUAUACAAAAACUACACAAUAAAUGAUGAUUAUAAGAAAAUUCUAGAAGAUUACUAUUUAACUGAAGUGAGGUCUGUUGAAAGAUAUUAUCCUGAUCAUUACUACGGAAAUGAAGAUUCUAAGGAAAAACAAGAAUUCACAGUAGAUAUUCCUGAAAAGAAACCAGAAGCAAAUAAAAAUGAAGAGAUUCCAGAACUCUUACCACCAGCGAAAUCAGAUGAGAAAUUUAUUUCAUUUGCAAUGGAUGAUAAGCCAGACAAAGUGGAUGUUUCUCAAAUAGAGUACAAACCGGCUAAAAAUAUCAAAGAGAAAAUCAAAUUAGUGAAAACUUUCCCUAAGAAGGAGGAUUCUGGUGAUGAUGAAGAAACCAUGGUAGCUGUUGAAGCAAGAAACCAUGCGAGAAGUCUGAAAGUUUUGGAAGAUAAACAUGAUAUAACAUCAAGCAUAUCUGUGAACAGUGUAGGGAAGAAAUCUAAUACAACACCACACGCCAAUUCCCUGAUGAUAAUCUUCAACGGCAUGUACUUCCGAGGCUCCUGGAAGCAUCCCUUCGACGUCGUGGAGCCCGGCGUGUUCUACAAGUCCAGCUCGGAGAAGAAACAAGUGCCCAUGAUGAAGACCAGAGGAGUUUUCAAGACCGGGUUCUUGCCAGGAUUGGACAGUGAAGCCAUUCAGUUUCCUUACGAUGGAGGUCGAUACGCCUUAUUGAUUGUGACCCCACGGUCUCGUGAUGGGCUCACCAGACUCGCAGCCGACCUGCCCGUGACUCCCAUCGCUGAGAUACAAGACAACAUGCGGGAGGAAGAACUACAAGUAUCUCUGCCUACCUUCUACGUGGAGACUACGACUAAACCUGUGGCCGCUCUUGCUAAGUUCGGUGUGAGCAGCAUAUUUAGCCGUGACGCCGAGCUGUCAGGAGUGUCUUCGACGGAAGGUCUCUUUGUCCAGGAGUUGGUGCAGCAUGUCGCCGUGAGAGUGGACAAUGCUGAUUCUUCAGCUUCAGAAAUUUCUGCUGCAAAUCCAGCGGUAGAAGCAUUAAAGAACCUUCCAUUGGCACAGCUAAAACCAGUGAGGAAGUUCAGCGUAGAGAAUCCCUUCAUGUUCUUCAUCAUUGACUGUUUGGAUAACCUCGUUGUAGUUAGCGGCAAGAUCGUUGACCCCGAGCAGCCCACACCGUUCGAAAUAUUUAAAAUGGAAAUAAACAAGGAAAAUAUGCGCAAAGGCAGGCCUAUCACAAGAAUACCAUUGCCUGUUGAACCACUUCCGCCGUUACCCAAAUAUUUGAUCCAAUUUAAGGGAAUACCAAACAAAGAGAACCAUAAUGAAAGACAUCCAUUGAAGGCGAUAAACUCUGGCAAGCAGCCACAAUUAACAUUACCUGGUUCCAGCAAACAUGUAAAUUAUAUAAAACAACAUAAGAAUGUCUUGAAACUUGACACAAGAUUCGUAACACUAAGAUCAAAAGAUGAGGUAAAAACAGGUUUUAAUGUCUUCAAGGAUAAUAAAAGGAAAGACAGCAUUGUAGUUAUUAGCGAUGAAGAAGAUUCUGCGAAACCUUGUAAAGAAAGAAGAAAAAGUUGCGAUACAGCGGCAACGCCUGCGUUUAAGUCCACUUUGGAACCAUGUAGGGUAAAAAAUAUUAAGAGAAGUUUGAAAAGACCACAUAGUAGGGAGCUGCAAGGACUGUCUCCAGUAGCUAAGGAGAAGAAAGAAGAUGAAAAAGCUCGUCGUAGGUUGUAUUUUACAGAGUCGAUGCACGACAAACUUAAGUCACCGGACUAUUGGAAGAAAGCACAGAAGAGUAUUCAUCAAGUCUACGUGGCUGAUAUAUUCACGCAUCUUCUGGGAGUGGAGCAAAAGGUCGAGACGCCUAGGAUAUCAAGCGCAAUGAGAGCAUGCAUUAUUAAUUGGCUUAUGAAAGUUAAUGGCGCUCAUGGAAAUCCAGGGACUGUCCAAACAGCCUGUUGGUAUCUAGACUCCGUGCUGGCCACGGGUCAACUUCACGUGGACAAACUGCAGCUGAUAGCCGCAGCGUGCUACUGGAUAGCCAGCAAAUUCCACGGGCCUGGUCUCCACGCGUCUAAAUUAGUGAAAUGUUCCAACUACGCGUUCAAUACUCAAGGGCUGCUUUCUGCGGAGAAAGCGGUGUUAGAGAAAUUGAAGUUCCCUCGCCAGCCCGUUAUCCCUCAAGAGUUCAUCGCGUACUUAUCCUGGUGGUGUGACAGCCACAAUCCAGGGGAGAUAGAAAUCGGCGCGACCUUCAUCUGCAUGUGUGGAGUCCUGGCUGAUAAGCAGCAUUGCGGGGAAUUCCCUUCAGUGAUCGCUGUAGCGGCUGUGCAGAACGCACUUUUGCUUCUUGGCAAAGUAGAGCUGAUUCCACGCUUGGAAGAUUGCCCGUUGUACAGACCUCGAGAAAACCCAACUUCCCAAUUUGACAAUCUAGAACAGAUGAACCUGGCGCAUAUAAUUUUAUCAACACUAUGUGUUGUGGCAGUUCGAACUCAAAAUGUUUUGCCUUACGCAAAUCCUUAUCCGUAUGGUCAAAUAGUUAAUCAAGAUCAAAUAUAUUUUUUAGACGAUGCAAGACAACAUGUUCUUCCUUUAGCAAUAGAAAACAAUGAAACGAAAAAUAAUGAAGAUAGUUAUUAUCCAAAUAAGAACAUUGAGCAGAUAUCAACACAAGUUCCCAAUGUUAUUGCUGGUGAAGAAAGUGUUCCAAGACCAAGCAUAAAUUUAGAACCUCCUAUAUACCGCGAGUUAGCAAAUGUUAACACUGACAAAUUUGCUGAUGUUUUAAACGAAAGGGAUGCAGAACUUAAUAGACAAUAUCCUCCAGUAAUAAAUGGGGGACCUUUGUCGCGACCUGUAAUCAACUUCGGCUUGACUCUCGUGAAGAAUAUUGUCCAGCCUGGUCAGAACUUGGUAAUAUCACCAUUCUCGAUCUCUUCUCUAUUGGCGCUGCUACAGCAAGGUGCUUUGGGUGCGACUCAACAGCAAAUCUCAAAUGCUCUUCAGAUGUCCCCUGAGGUAGCGGCGGCGGCUUAUAAGAAUCUUACGCUGGAUGUCAAGACUCGAAAAUCAAACAAUCUCCUGAAUUUAGCGACCAAUAUCUUCAUAGCAGAUGCGUUUGAUGUGAGCCCAGCUUUUAAAAGCACAGCUCUGAACAGCUUCAACAGUGAACUCACUCCAACUCGCUUUGUAGUUCCUGAGAGAUCGGCCCAGAUGAUCAACAAUUGGGUAGCAUCGAAGACGAACAAUAAGAUUAAAGAACUCGUUUCUUCAGAUUCUAUCGGAGUAAAUACUCAACUAGUUCUAGUCAAUGCAGUCUACUUCAAAGGCAUGUGGGAUCUGAAGUUUAACCCUCAUCUCACACAGGCCGAUGUUUUCUACCUCAGUGACGGAAGUAAAAAAAUGGUGCCUUUCAUGCACAUUAGGAGGCAUCUAAAAACCGGCAUCGAUAGGAGUAAUACUGCACAGAUUGUUGUUUUGCCCUUCGAGAAGGAACAGUAUUCUUUAAUGGUGAUCUUGCCAUCUCAAAUCUCAAGCAUAUCUGAAAUACUCCGCACUUUGACUGACUCCAAGUUAUUGGAGUACCAAAAGUUUCCGUAUGAAGAAACUGAUCUGGAAUUACCCAAAUUCACUGUAAAAGCUGAUACUGAUCUCAAUGUUGCGUUAAGGAAGCUUGGCAUCUUGAAUAUUUUCAACAAUAACUCGGAUCUAUCCGGCGUUGGGACGUACCGAUCAUAUUCACCUCAAGUUACUUCUGCUGUGCAUUCUGCGGUACUCUCUAUUGAUGAGUACGGCGGAUCAGCAGCCGCAGCGUCCGCGUUCGGUGCUGUAGCAUUAUCCAACGAUGAACCUACGAUGUCUUUCAAAGCAAACAGACCGUUUAUAACUGUUCUGUGGGAUAGCGCAUCAGGGGUUCCACUCUUUAUAGCUACUAUUGAAGACCCUUCAUCAUAAUUUAGUUCAUAGAAUAUAAACAUAAUUAUCAAAACAUUGAAAAGAUAGCUAUUUAAAAAUAUAAAAGGACGUUUUUACUCACACCGACUGAUGAAAUAAAAGAUGUGAUAUGUACAAAUUGUUUAAUAAAUACUUAUACUUAAUUAUUACAUUAUCACUUAUACUUAAAAAUAAUCACGAAACGUAGUCUGUUUUACUCCAAAAUGAAGAGUUGUCAUUCAUUUUAUAAGUAACAGUAUUUCUAUUAAGGAAAACUUCGUUUAGUAUCAAUUAUAUUUAAACAGAAGUCAUUGAAAAUGAAAUCGAGAUCAAGGUAAUAUAGUAAUAGGUAAAGAUUAGGAAAAACAAUAAUAAAAAGCUGGCAUAAUACUUCACUUUUACAUAAAUGCGAAUCAAUACUAAAGAUAAUAUCACUUACGCCUUUCAGUCAGACUUUCUGAAUAAUCUGAUAAACGGAUCGUCAGCGAAUGUUCUCAAUUUUCCGUUAUAGUAUGAUUCUAUUUCUAUCAACGUCUUUCCUUCUGUCUCAGGAAGGAAGAAGUAUAGGUACAAAACGCCCAAGUAACCAAAGAUGGAGUAGACGACAAAAGCACCCCAUAAGCCUAAACCGGCUUCGACGUCGAUGAAGGUUUUGGCGGCAAAGAAGUUGAUAACGUAAUUAGCAGCAGCGGCGAUGCCUUGAGCAGUGGUGCGA